AUGCCCCCCGCUAAGAAAUCUCCAGUGGUAAAGAAGACGUCGGGAAAGGAUAUAAGAACAUUCUUUGGAGGUGGCGGGAACAGUAGCCAAACACCGUCCGGCCCUAGCCAACAAAAUACCCAAAGCCAGAAGCAAGAAAGCAACCCGACCAAACCAAAACCUAUCGAGAUAAGCGAUGACGAUAGCGAACCUGCGAAACCGGUUGCUCCCAAACCGAAGUCGGAGCGUGUCAUGGUCGUAGACAGUGAUGAAGAUGAAGCACCACGCCAACCAUCGAGGAUAUCUCAUCUUAAGCGUAAAAAAGCUGCCAUCCAAUCUUCUAGCGACGAAGACGAAGAGCCAGUUAUGAAAGUAGGUCCUCCGAAGAAGAAAACUGCAGUUACUACGAAAGCGUCAUCGAAACCUUCUCCUAGCACCCCUAUCUCUAAUGGGAAGAAAAAGACAGCUGUGUCAAAUAAAGGCAGUAGUAGAACAACUCGCAAAAAGGUGGUAAUGGACGAAGAUUUCGCGAUGACGUCUAGCGAGAGUGAAGACGAUGACCCGUAUGUGGAGGGAGACGAGGAUGAAGUAGUUGUAGUGGCAAAGAAAGGAAAAAGUAAGGCUAAGGAGAAGAAUGCGACCUCUGAAAGAACAAGAACAAAACCAGAGAACACCAAGAAAGAGAGAGAUGUGGAACCGGUCAAGAGUGAAGCAGAGCCUAAGAAAGAUGCUAAUGCUCCGACGAAGUCAUUCAAUUGGGCUGCUGCAAAGGCAGCAAAGCUGGCGGGCCCUGUUGCGCAUGGGUCGAAGGAGGUUCCUGAACCGAAGUCAAUGGAUUGUCUCGCUGGCCUUUCCUUCGUCUUUACUGGUGAGCUAAGUAGUUUCUCCCGAGAUGAGGCUGUAGAUCUCGCAAAGCGCUUCGGAGGGCAAGUUAGUCGUGUGACUGGUCAGCCAUCGUCAAAGACGUCUUUUGUUAUUCUAGGAGAUAAUGCUGGUCCUAGCAAACUGAGUGCUAUAAAGAAACAUGGACUGAAAUCACUCUCGGAAGAUGAAUUUUUGAAUCUUAUUGCCACACGAGAGGGACCAGGCGGCCCGAAUGGUGUUGGUUACGAUGAAAAGACGAAGAAGAAAAUGGAGAAAGAGCAGGACGUUAUACGGAAAGCGGCAAAAGAACUGGAAAAUCGGGAGAAACAAGCGAUGAAAAAUGACUCGAAGCAUUCUGGAGGCUCCAAGCCAGUGGACGUAUCAUCUCAGCUGUGGACGACCAAGUAUGCCCCUCAAUCUUUGAAGGAAAUAUGUGGAAACAAAGGGCAGGUCGAGAAACUUCAGCUGUGGUUACACGAUUGGUCAAAUAACCUGAAAUCGGGUUUCAAAAAACCUGGAAAGAAUGGCAUGAAUAUAUUUCGUGCUGUAAUGGUAACGGGGUCACCUGGGAUAGGUAAGACAACUAGUGCACAUCUAUGCGCAAAGCUCGAGGGCUUCACUCCAAUCGAGUUGAAUGCAAGUGACGCGAGAAGCAAGAAGCUAGUUGAGAGUGGAAUGAAUAUCAAUAACACAUCCCUAGACGGUUGGAUGGGUGGAAAUAGCAGCAUAAACGCAGUGGGGGUGGCCAUCACCGACAAGACCUGCCUUAUUAUGGAUGAGGUUGAUGGGAUGUCCGCAGGUGACAGAGGUGGUGUCGGCGCUCUUAACGCUUUGAUAAAGAAGAGUAAAAUUCCUAUCAUAUGCAUUGCCAAUGAUCGAAAUGCUCAGAAGCUUAAACCUCUGUUGGCUACCACCUUUAAUCUUCCCUUCCGCAAACCCGAAGCUACUGCCGUUCGAUCAAGGAUGUUGACCAUUGCAUUCAAAGAAAAAAUGAAACUGCCCGCCAACGUCAUCGAUCAGCUGAUAACGGGAGCACAAUCUGACAUUCGGCAGGUUCUUAACAUGCUCUCCACAUGGAAAUUAUCAAGUGAUACAAUGUCUUUUGACGAAGGCAAGGAUUUGGCCAAGACUAAUGAAAAGUACACAAUCUUAACACCCUUCGAUGUAACAUAUAAAAUGCUGGGUCCUUAUAUGUUCUCGAGCACUAGUCGCGAAACUCUUGGCGACAAGAUGGAACUCUACUUCCAUGAUCAUUCUUUUGUACCACUCUUCAUACAGGAAAAUUAUCUGAAGACGCAGCCUGCAAGAUUGAGAAGCCUUGAAGGACCCCAAAAAGUUCUGAAACAGCUUGAGCUGAUGGACAAGGCGGCCUCAUCAAUAUCUGAUGCAGACUUGGUAGAUGCUUUAAUUCAUGGCCCAGAGCAACACUGGUCGCUGAUGCCUCUGCAUGCAGUAUGCUCGACGGUUCGACCAGCAUCCUUUUUAUAUGGUGCAGGUGGCGGAUAUGGCGGACCGAACGCUAUGUCUUUCCCUCAGUGGCUGGGUCAAAAUUCUAAGCAAAACAAAUUGAAUCGUCAACUAGGAGAUGUGCAAAUUCGAAUGCGACUCAAAGUCUCAGGAGAUAAAGCCGAGAUCCGACAGUCGUACCUUCCUGCGUUGUUUCCUCAUAUUGUCAAGCCGCUAGUAGACGAAGGAACUAGCGCUGUGGACGAAGUAAUAGAACGCAUGGAUGAAUAUUAUCUGUCAAAGGAAGACUGGGACACUGUAGUCGAACUAGGUGUCGACCAAAACAAAGAUGACGCUGUUCUCAAGAAAAUAUCUGCCGCUACCAAGACAUCAUUUACCAGAAAGUACAACGCAGGCGAACAUCCAAUACCAUUUCAUAAAGCGCAAGAUUUGGGCAAAGUUCCAAAGAAACUUGCAGGUGGCCCAGCUCCUGAUCUUGAAGAGGCGUUUGAUCUCGCCGACGACGUUCCUGAGGAAGCUUCAGACGAUGAGAAGAAGGUGAAAGACGUGGGCGAUUUCAAAGGUGAUAAGCUGAUCAAGGAGGCCAAAGCCAAGAAGAAGGGCAAAGCUUAUACAAAGGCAAAGUGA